AUGCGCCAAACUCUCAUAGCGGCUCUCCUUUUGUCCCAGCGAGCUGCAGCAACUUCUGAUCCCCCAAUCAGAGUUGCAGCUCCUGGUAGUGUGCCUCAUGGAGCAUCCCAAAUUGUAGAUCAUGCUUUUGCCUCUUUUUCUUUCCCAGCUCAUUGGCUUCCUGAUUUUGCUGGAAACAACAGUCACCCUAACCUAUUCUCUCGUGAUAUCUUAGAUCUCCUGUACAGCAAGACUGGGAAACAUCCGUAUAUCCGAGUGGGCGGCACAUCUGCCGAUCGGACAUAUUAUAAUGCGUCGCAAAAACAGUCAAUCCUAGUUGAGACAGGCUCUAAUGGCAUUCCAUCGGUAGUCAACGUUGGACCUGUGUAUUUUGAGGCCUUUAACAAUUUCCCAGGCUCUUUGUGGAGCUUCCAGGCUAAUCUCGCCAACAACGCCAGCUGGGGUCUCAACAACACCAUUGAAGUGUGCAAACACGUUAUGAAUACUCUUAAGGGCAAUCUCAUCGACUUUGAGAUCGGAAAUGAAGUAGAUCUUUACCCAUGUGCUGUUCGACCUUGUGGGUAUACAGUCUAUGAUUACCUGCAAGAAUGGACUACGUAUGCGAAUGCAAUCUCGGAAAAUGUUCUCAAGGGAAACCGGUACGGCUUGGACGAGCAAAGGUUCUUCCAAGCCUUGGUGUUUGCGAACGCGGAAUUGAAAACUUUCACCACGCCCAACGCGUUUAAUGGGGGUAUUGAUCUGACCGACCAUGUCAAAUCUGUUUCCCUGCAUCACUAUGCGGCUGGCAACCAGGGUUGGGUUAGACUUCAAGAAACAUUCAUGAACCACACUGCUGUUGUGGCUAACCUUAGCAUCUAUUCCCCCGCCAAUGACUAUUUGAAGACUAACUACCCAAACGUCACUUUCUUGCUGGAGGGAGUGUUCGGCAGCUCGCUAUGGUUAAUUGACUAUCUCAUGUACGGAAUGUCUCUGAACAUCACUCGUUUUAAUCUCAUCCAGGGAACCACGUUCGGAUAUACGGGCUGGGUUCCUGUGCCCACUGGUAAUAUGCAACCCUAUGUCAGGGCACCUCUCUAUGGCCAAAUUGUUGUGGCAGAUAUAAUUGGCCACAAUCCUCAUGUUCAAAUCUUGCCCAUUCAUCUUGGCCCUGAGCUUUGGAAGUUCUCUGCGUAUGGUGUCUACGAAUCAUCAAAGUUGAACAAAUACGUGCUCAUCAACCUUGACGAAUGGAAUUCUACAACUCGAUAUCCUCGUCCAAACCAAGUUGUCACAUUGAACUUCCCCUCUGGAGUAAAAGCCGCCAAAGUGCAGAGACUUGUCGGAGCGGGAGCCAGUGCAGACUCAGACAUUACUUGGGGUGGGCUUAGCUGGAACUAUACCCAUGGGCGGCUCGCGCAAUCAGGUCGACCUCACAAUGAAGUACUACACAUUUCCAAAGGCAUGGCAAAAUUGACAAUUCCAUCAACAGAAGCCGUUGUCGUGACACUGGGUCGAUAG